GGUGUUUGCCCAUCUCUAGUACAGACCUUGCAUUUUAUUAAAAAAAAAAUUGUUUGUAGGGGACUCAAAAGCUCUAUAAAUUGCCGAAAUAUGUCGUCCAAAGACCAGCCGGGCACGUCCCGGGAGACCUUCGAGGACUUCUACACCGAAGUGAAAGAAAUUGAAAAACGUGAUUCAGUUUUAACUCCUUCUCAACAAAUUGAUCGUUUACUUCGUCCAGGUUCAACGUACUUCAAUCUCAAUCCAUUUGAGGUGCUCCAAAUCGAGCCCGAGGUCGAAGUGGCGGACAUAAAAAAGAAAUAUCGCACCUUAUCCAUUUUGGUCCAUCCAGAUAAGAAUCCCGACAACCAGGAGCGCGCUCAGCUGGCAUUCGACAUAGUGGCGCGUUCCUGGAAAAUCCUGGAAAACGAACUCACGCGUAAAAAGUGUCUGGAAGUGUACGAGGAGGCCAAGGGGCGAACUGAUCAUAUGAUCGCAGAGAAACGCAAAAAGCUCAAAAAGGAGGGCAGACCCACCGAGCCCAUUCCUGAAGACGACCCCACCAAGUACAAGCAUGCCAUCUACGUGAUGGUCAUGAAGCUAUUUGCCGACAUGGAACGGCGGCGACAAAAGCUCGACCAGCGCGACCAGGAGGAGCGCAAGCGAAAGCGCGAGACCGAAAUUGAGGAGGAGGAGCGCGUCAAAGCUGACCGCGAGUGGCAGCAAAAUUUUGAGGAGUCGCGACAAAGUCGCGUGAAUAGCUGGCAUGACUUCCAGUCUGGCGCCGGCAAGUCCAAGAAGACCAAGAAACAAAAGCACAUGACCGGCAUGAUGGUGCCACCCAAGUUCAAGCCGGAAUCACGAUGAAGUUGCUUCCCAACGCGGCGCCGUCUCGACCAUCGCCACCUAGCGCGUCGCGUUGAUCAUAAAUAUUUUUACAUUUUUAUAUAAGUCUCCUUUGGAAUUGUAAUUGACACACGUGCAUAAUGUAUAGACUAAGAAAUCACA